CGUAAGGUCACGUGAUCAUCAACAAUAUGGCGCCUGGUCUUGACUGGGUUCCAGAUUCGACCACGAACACCUAUGAACUUUUGAAGGGUUUUGUUUGAAUAUUGAAAGCUUACCUUGUCUAUUUCCUAAGGGAUAGCGUAUACGAUAAAAUAUCUGUACGAGCUGGGUAAAAAUCAAGUUAAUUGUCAUGAGACUGAACGAGAGGUGCGUUGCUGAAUUUUCUACUUCCUCCGCCCCAACCGACAAAGAGGGUUUCCUGAACAAGAAAGGCGAACUCAACCGAGGCUAUCAGCGACGGUGGUUUAUUUUGAAGGGCAAUCUUUUGUAUUACUUCGAGAAACGAUCGGACAAGGAACCCAUUGGAGUCAUUGUGUUGGACAAUUGCCACGUUGAGUUAGCGGAAAGCGGGGAACCGUACGCCUUCCAGAUCACAUUUGGCGGAGAUGGUUCGAGAACUUACAUCCUCGGUGCUGACACUUCGAAAGAAAUGGAAUCUUGGAUGAGGGCGAUCACCCAUUCGAGUUAUGAAUACUUGAGAAUGAUGGUGGAGUCUUUUGAAAGUACAUUAGAAAAGCUUACAUCGGAGGAGAACGACCUUGUUACUUCAAGCUCGAGCAACAAUAGUUCAAAUUUAACAUCGAACGUUUCCGGUGCUUCAAACUUUAACACUGUUGAUACUGAAGAGGACAGAUCGAAUGCUGAGCCUAUUUUCCACAUGCCUGUUGCAACUGCUACAGAAGAUCGCAGGGUCGGUAAAAAUGAUACACUUGAUAAUCUAGAAUUUCCCAAGAGGCAAGAUGGAGUAGUUGUUAGCAGUGGUGAUGUCAGUCUAAGUAGAACAGACGCAGCAAUCGGUAAUCUGAUAAACCUUGAUGAUGAUAAUGAUGAUGAUGAUGACGAGAUUCCGAUUCAAAAUGAGUUCUCAUUAGACGAAGGUUUCUAUUUGUUCCCUAAACACUCCCCAGAUCUUAUGCCCCUGAGCUAUUCUGAUCUUGAACGGUUAGAAGACAUGCAUAAUGAAGACUUGUUUAGCAGAUUGAGUGGAAAUGCACCAUCCAGAAGUAAGGAUGACUUUGACUUGAUUACGAGAGUAAAGCGUGAAGCAUUGCCACGGAAUAUGAGACCAAAAUCUGAACGAAGAAGAAACAAUGCACGCACAAUGUAUGAGAACAUUCCAACUCCAAGUCUGGAAAGAGGACAACCUAGGACCCUGGCGAGGUCUUGGGCUCAAACAGAUGAAAGCGUAUAUCUUUCAGAACACAGUAGUGUGUUCAGAUAUCUUCAUGAACUUUACAGUGCCUCAAUAUGGGUGAAAUGUAAAGAAUUUUGGAAACAUGAUGGUCUCAAGUCAUAGAGGUGUAUUCAGGAAUAUUCUAACAUCAUAAUGCACAUAACAUACUCUCUUACCAUGACCAUGAAAAUGUGUUUUCUGACUGCUUGCAUAUCAUGCCUCUGUCUUGAAUGAUUUCUGGUAUAUUUGAAAUCAAGACCCAGCGCAAUGGAAUUGUACCAAGAUUUUAAAACACAUGUAGAUGAGUAAACAAUGCAUUAGAAGCUGGGGCAGAUACAGGAUUUAGAGAAUGGGGUUUGAGAUGCAGACUUCUGAAGGUGUUCCUUUGUAGGGGAUUCCUGGGGCUUCUUCCCCCGGAAAAUUUUUAAAAUUGAGGUUCUUGGAAAUGGGAUUUCCGGCAUUCUGAAGCUAAGUCAGCGUGCUAUGAUGUCUCAUUUUUUCUUUAAUUUAAGGGGUUUGACCAAUCCCCUGAACCCCCUUUAGAUCUGCCCCAGAGAAGGUUUUGCCAAUAGGCAAUUUGUAUUCUAAUGUCACUUGACUUCAACUACCAGAAUUUCUUUGUUUUUGUCAUGUUGAUUGAGUAGUUCUCGUUAAAAACACAAUCCAAUUUCAAAAGUUAAAAAACGGUAAAAGCAAAAUGAAUUCUGUUUGUGGUCAAAUUAUGACAUUGUACCGAUUGCUUUGUUUUGCUGUUCAGCAAAGACAUCUGGCAUCUAUAAAUGCAAUGUUUCAACAUUUUUACAUUGUUUGGAAUGAUCCAGUUUUUGUAUAGAUCAUUCAUGUUAUAAAUUCAAGAAAAGAAAUGCAACAGUUACAGUGAAAACACUAAAAAUUAUAUUGUAAAUAAUACAAAUGUUCAUCGUCACAGACUAUGAGUAAUGUGUAUUUGACCUGUAAUAUCUACAUAAUUAAGAUAAACUAAUUUUUUUUAUGAUCAGGAAUUAUAAUAUUAAUUGUAAAUUAAUAUUAAAUAUUUUGUGGAGCAGGAACUAAAACAGUCACCAGAAUUAGUAAUGAACAACGAAAAUAAAAAUUGAUACACUGCGUACAUAGAC